UCAGAGUCAUAAAACCAUCACUCAUUAAUUCACCUUGUGAAAUCAUAAUCCAAAAUCAAAACCAAUCAACUAUAAAUUUCAUCACCAUAUCCAUUAUUUCAUUUUAUUCUAGUUUUAAAUACUCCUCAUAUUCAAAAUCAUAUCUAUAUACUAUUUUAUCAUCUCUUUCAAUGCAGAGAUCAGGUUAUGGUCCAGAUGGAAUUUACAGGUCCCUAAGACCUUCUCUAGCCCUCCCAAACAAUCCAAACCUUUCCUUAGUCUCAUUCCUCUUCACAAGUGUCUCCUCUUCCCCUAACAAAACCGCCCUCAUCGACGCAGACUCUUCCCAAACACUCUCCUUCUCUCAACUCAAAACACAAGUUGCAAAACUUGCACACAGUUUACUAAACUUUGGCAUAAACAAAAACGACGUCGUCCUCAUCCUCUCCCCCAAUAACAUCGAAUUCCCUGUAUGUUUCCUAGCUGCUGCCUCCAUCGGCGCAAUAGUCACCACUGCAAAUCCUCUUUACACCGUUGCGGAACUCUCCAAACAAAUCAAGGAUUCCAAUCCUAAACUAGUCAUCACUGUCCCUGAAUUAUGGAGCAAAGUGAAGAGUUUCAAUUUCAACUUUCCAGCAAUUAUCAUUAAUUCGGGUAAUGCAACGGGUUCAUAUUCAAACUUCAAGAGUUUUGAGGCGUUGAUUGAAUCAGCAGGGGAAGUAACAGAAUUACCAGAAAACGAUGUGAAACAGACCGAUACAGCGGCACUUUUGUACUCAUCAGGAACUACAGGAGUGAGCAAAGGUGUGAUUCUCACACACAAGAACUUCAUCGCAGCGUCGUUGAUGAUAAACAUGGAUGAUGAUUUAGCUGGGGAAUUAAACAAUGUGUUCAUCUGCGUUUUACCGAUGUUUCAUGUGUUUGGAUUGGCGGUUAUAACAUACGCACAGCUAAGGAGAGGAAGUACCGUGGUUUCGAUGGGGAGGUUUGAGUUAGAGGGUUUUUUGAAGGUGAUUGAGAAGUAUAAAGUGACGAACUUGUGGGUUGUGCCACCGAUGAUUCUUGCUUUAGCGAAACAGAGUGUGGUUGGGAAAUAUGAUGUUUCUUCUUUGAAGAGUAUUGGGUCUGGUGCUGCUCCUCUUGGGAAGGAAUUGAUGGAAGAGUGUGCUCGACAUCUACCUCAUGUUGCUAUUUAUCAGGGGUAUGGUAUGACAGAAACUUGUGCCGUUGUUUCUAUCGAGAAUCCAAGAGUAGGUAUUCGUCAUUCUGGCUCAGCUGGAAUGUUGGUUUCAGGAGUUGAAGCUCAAAUAGUGAGUGUGGACACACAGAAGCCACUACCUCCAAAACAAUUGGGGGAACUAUGUGUAAGAGGUCCCAACAUGAUGGAAGGUUAUUACAACAAUCGAGAGGCCACAAAACAAACUUUAGAUAAUGAGGGGUGGGUGCAUACCGGAGAUCUUGGAUAUUUUGAUGAGAUUGGCCGACUUUAUGUUGUUGAUCGUAUCAAAGAACUGAUCAAAUACAAAGGUUAUCAGGUUGCACCAGCAGAACUUGAAGAUCUUCUCGUUUCUCACCCUGAAAUACAAGAUGCUGUCGUUGUCCCAUUUCCUGAUGAUGAGGCUGGUGAGGUACCAAUUGCCUAUGUUGUUCGUUUACCCAACAGUUCGCUGUCCGAGGAAGAAAUUAAGAAGUUUAUUGCUAACCAGGUUGCACCAUUCAAAAGAUUGCGAAGGGUGACAUUCAUCAACAGUGUUCCUAAGACAGCUUCGGGAAAAAUUCUCAGAAGAGAGCUUAUUGCAAAAGCACGAUCCAACAUAUAAGAUAGAAUACAAUUUCAAAGUGUAUAGUAGAAAAUAGCUGUUUCCUCACAAUGUUACUCCCUUUAUACAUUGUAUCAGGUUGUCCCUGAAUAUUUGACAGAAAACAAAUUUGUUUUUGGCACUUUUUCCAAGUUUCAUAGAAGGAAAAUGAAUUCAAAAUGGUACUUAUCAAACUUAA